AUGGCUAUGUGGAUAAUAUGUGGUUGGCUUUUUCCUGCAGUGACGAUGGAAGCAGAUUAUGGAAAUGAUUGCACCAAAUUUGAGGAGAGAGAAAAUCUUUCAGUUCCCCCCGGUUUUGUAUCCCUCACAUCUUUCAUUUUGAGAAGGAAUGAAAAUGUUAAGGAAAAUAAUAAAUCUACCACCUUUACAAGUACUUCUGAACAAGAGCCAAUCUGCUUGAAGACUAAAGUUGAGACGAAUGACGUUACUGCAUAUAGUCAGGGUCUUAUGCAUCGGCCGUGGAUAAACAUGGACCAUAGCAAUUACCACAAACCUGAGGAAUCUCACAUAAAGCAUUUUCCUAUGGUUAAGUUGGAAAUCUUGCAUAUUUUUGGUUAG